AACGGUCGAUUUGAAAGGUGAACAGAUGACAAUUCUUCUUAUCAAAAAAAUAAAAUAUGUCCCAAAGAGCGCAAAUUUCAGCUGUAAACAAGCCAAAGUCUGCAUGUAGCGUCGAUAAAGAAAACUGCAAUCCUAAUCCACGUGAACAAGGCAAUCAAGGGAAAACUGUGCACAAGAGUAGAAUAGAUCCGAAUAUAAAAUUAAAAGCUUUAAAUACCCAAAAGGAUACCAAUAAGGUAGUGAAAAAUUGUCCAGAAAUGUCGGAGGCAAAAGUGGGAGCCGUGUCCACACAAAGAACAAGCGAAAAGCAAGCAGAUAGUGAAGUGCGGCAUAAGUGGUCACUAGCCGAUUUUGAUAUCGGAAAACCUUUAGGAAAGGGAAAGUUUGGAAAUGUGUUCUUAGCGAGAGAAAAAAAGUCUAAAUUCAUUGUAGCUUUAAAGGUACUUUUUAAACAUACGAUCACAAGUUGCAAUAACGAACACCAAGUGCGACGAGAAGUGGAAAUUCAAAGUCAUUUGCGUCAUCCGAAUAUUUUACGAAUGUACGGUUAUUUCCACGAUGACGCUAGGGUUUAUCUCAUUCUCGAAUAUGCACCAAAGGGUGCAUGUUAUAACGAACUAUUGGGUUCCGAAAAUAAACGUUUUUCCGAGCCGACAGCCGCCAAUUAUAUUGCUCAAAUAACGGACGCCGUAAAAUAUUGCCAUUCAAAGAAGGUCAUACAUAGAGACAUUAAGCCCGAAAACCUACUAAUCGGCUCUAAGGGCGAAAUUAAAAUCGCAGACUUCGGAUGGUCGGUACACGCGCCGUCAUCACGACGCACCACACUGUGCGGAACCCUAGAUUAUUUAUCUCCCGAAAUGGUAAACGGACAAACUCACGAUGAGAAAGUCGAUCUCUGGAGUAUAGGCGUUCUCUGUUACGAAUUUUUAGUGGGAAGGCCACCGUUCGAGUCGAAAUCUUACAAUGACACUUAUAGGAAGAUUAGUAAAGCUAUUGUUACUUUUCCGUCUCAUGUGUCUGAAGGUGCUAAGCAUUUGAUUAAGAGUUUGUUAGUCGUUAAUCCUAAUUGUCGUUUAGACUUGGAUGGUAUCUUGUGUCAUCCAUGGAUUUUAAUGCACAAGAAGACUGAAGAAUUGUAAAAUGUGUUAAUGUCUGUAACUAGUUUUUGUAAAUGUAAUAUUUUAAUAUAUUCAUGUAUUUUA